UGAUGAUGCAAAACCGUGGGGAGGGUGGGCGCUGGGAAGGGUGGGGAGAGCCUGAGAGCGAGCGAGGGUGGGAGGGAGUGGGCGGAGGAGGAGAGGGAGCCGAACGCGCAUUUAAAGCGAUAGCCAUCCUCGCUCUCUCCCCAGUGCUGGGCUGUUGGAGAGCUCGAGCUGCAAGCCACCGAGCGCGAGCUCGAGCGCGGCGCGCUGGCCGGGGAACCCAAGAGCGCACGGCGCCCCAAGCUGGCAGGCGUCGCGGGACCCCCCACCCUCGCCGGCUGCCCUUCCCCGGGCGCCCCUACCCUCCUCGCCCGCAGGAGACCCUGGGCUUCCCCGGAGGAGCUCACCCCAAGGGGCCAGGACUCCGGCGAGCCCGCCACCGUCCCCUCGAGUGCCGCCGCCACCACCGCAGCCGCGGGAGCAGUAUGGUCCAGUUGGGGAAGCUGCUCCGCGCCCUGACUUUGAUGAAGUUUCCCUGCUGCGUGCUGGAGGUGCUUCUGUGCGCGCUGGCGGCGGCGGCGCGCGGCCAGGAGAUGUACGCCCCGCACUCCAUUCGGAUCGAGGGGGACGUCACCCUCGGGGGGCUGUUCCCGGUGCACGCGAAGGGUCCCAGCGGAGUGCCCUGCGGCGACAUCAAGAGGGAGAACGGGAUCCACAGGCUGGAAGCGAUGCUCUACGCCCUGGACCAGAUCAACAGCGAUCCCAACCUGCUGCCCAACGUGACGCUGGGAGCGCGGAUCCUGGACACUUGUUCCAGGGACACUUAUGCGCUCGAACAGUCGCUCACUUUCGUCCAGGCGCUCAUCCAGAAGGACACCUCCGAAGUGCGCUGCACCAACGGCGAGCCUCCGGUUUUCGUCAAGCCCGAGAAAGUAGUUGGAGUGAUUGGGGCUUCGGGGAGUUCGGUCUCCAUCAUGGUAGCCAACAUCCUGAGGCUUUUCCAGGUUGAUGGGCGCUACGGGAUAAGGAAAAGGAUGUGAAGCUCACUGAAGAGGCUUGGGUUGGGAGUGCUGGAGGAGUGUACAGGUGGGGAAAAUGUACCAGCGUGUAUGCCUACUGGGACCACGUUUUCCAGAACAGUUAAGCCCAGUAUCAACUGUGCUGUCCCACCUUCCUCGACAUCUGCAGAUAUUUAUUUGAAUUUUGUUGAAUUGUUCUCAUCAAUAUCUUAGUGAGAAGAGAGCAGGCUGAAUGGAAGAAAGUCAUUAUGACCACUGAGGCCACUAGGAUUUCUCUGUGUGUGUGUCCCCAUGAUGAAAACAUCAUUAAAGUAAAAUAUCAUGAAUAGACUCUUAAGAAGCAGAGUCUACUGAAAGUCCUGGAAAAUAUGAAAGCACUAAUAUUCACAGACAACUCUACACUCUGAAAGUUACUCCAAAUUUUGUUGAUCUCUCUUUUGUCUAGGAGUUUUUCAUAUUUUCUACCAUGAUCAUUUGUUAGUUUUAUAAUUACAUAAUAAAGGCAUUACAUCAUACAA